AUGCGACGCUGUAUUAAACUUGUUUUUGGAAGUUUAUCUUUUAUAGUUGCUUUAAUUGCGAUUGGAAUGGGAUAUUUAAAACUUGACGGUAUUUCUCGACAAAAAUUGUUUGCAAGUGUUAUGUAUACAAUGUCAGAUCCCAAUGAUACUCGUAUUAUGAAUCUACGAUGUAAUGAAUUAUUAAAGCAUUCGACUGUUAAAGGUCAUGUGUUAGAGAUAGGUGCUGGUACAGGAAUAAAUUUUCCAUGUUUACAUAAUAAUACAAAUAUUGAAUCAUACACAGGACUUGAGCCUAAUAUUCAUAUGCAUUCAUAUUUUUACAAAUUUAUUCAACAAUGGGAUAUUCCAUACGAGAUUCGCCUUUCAAACAAUUCAGCAACAGAUAUGCAUCAUAUUGAAGCAAAUAGUGUGCAUACUAUUAUUAUGACGUUCGUGUUAUGUAGUGUGCCAGAUCCAUUGCCAGAAAAAGUACUUCUUGAAGCACAUCGAAUAUUAAAACCAGGUGGAACUUUUAUUUUCAUAGAACAUAUUGCUGCUAAUUCUGAAACCAAUCCAUUUACUUAUGGAUUUCAAAAGGCAAUUGAACCAUUAUGGUUUAUUAUUGGUGAUGGUUGUCAAUUUAAACCGAUGACACACUAUUUCGAUGCAGCAAAAAAUGUCUAUUCAAAGGUUGACUAUGAAUAUAUUGAUUUGCCUGUUCCGUUGUUCAUGAUAAAAUAUGGUGUCAAAGGAAAACUGGUCAAAUGA